AUGGCAACCAAGAGCAUAUCAGUGGGAAUUGAAAAAACAAUCUCCGAUUGCGUGCCGAAGGUAAAAUCAAAAAGAGUUAACGGGUUUGUUAAAUUUCUGUUGGAGGAUUUUCAUGUACACGAAAUUGAUCUUGAAGGUAAAAUAUUGAACCUGGGCCAGUUCGUUAAUAUCGCACAAAUCGAACAAGCAUUCGAAAGGAAAAAAAGAACAGAAACUGGCCAACAAUUUCUCUCAACAUAUAAAGAAAAUUCAUCAGUAAACUAUCCAGAUGAUUUGUUUCAGGAUCUUGACAAGGUGAGAUUUGAUGCUUUGCUUAGAUCUUUGAGUAAUAAAUUACAGUUACAAACUAAGAACAAUGAGGCUCAUUUUGCAUUACUGUGUUGCAAGAACAAGGAAGAUAUGAAGAAAAUUAGAACAAGAGUACAUCAGUGGAUAAGAACUGAACUGCCGUUUUUGGAAUCAACAACCGUAGAUUUGAAGAGUUGCAAAGAAGAUGAGAAGAUGAGCGAAUACUUAGAAAGCUAUUCUGACUUUUCUACACUGCAACCAGACUAUAAUCUCAUCAUCGUUGAGCCCACGAAACUUUGUAAAAAGUUUUUAACAACCAAAGUCAAUGAAAAUUGUGUGGAGCCCUUUUUAGGACCCGAAAGCCAACUAACAUUGGACGAAAUAGUUAAAAAAGUAGAUAAAACUGAUUAUGAAACAUUUAAACCUAAAUCUUACGCAAGAUACUUGCACUUCAACAUGCUUAAAAUAAAUAGAGAAACCUCGGAAGUUGUAAAUAUGAUAUGCAAAUCAGCAAAAAGAUCAAGUUUUGAUAUCUUCUCUGCUGGAAACAAGGACAAAAGAGGAAUCACAGUCCAAAGGAUGUGUAUAAGAAGAUGUAAAAUAGUAGAUCUGUUCGAAGCAAUGACAAAGGGAUGGUUCAAUGAUGUGUAUCUAAGCGAUUUUUUAUACAAAAAUAAAAGAAUCAGUUUAGGAGAUUUGACCGGAAACCAUUUCAAAAUAGUGAUCAGAGGAAUAGAAGAUCAAUCAAACAUACACAAAUGCAUGGAGACACUGAAAACCUAUGGAUUUAUAAACUAUUUCGGACUUCAGAGGUUCGGAACGAAAAAGGUUGGAACCCAUAUAGUUGGGGCAGCGUUAAUACACCAAAAAUAUGAUCUUGCAAUCAGACUGAUCCUUGGAGAUAUAGAAACUGCUAAACAAUACAAAGUGUUCAAUAAAUUUUUCAAAGAUUCCGAACCUGAGAAAGUGGAUAACUGUGAAUCAACAUCAAUUAAGCCUGAGAAUUUGGAAGGUGAAAUGGAAGGCAGAAAGUAUAGGUGGGCGACUGAUUACUACCUGAUAGAUAAUGAUCCGGAAACGGCACUAAAGAACUUACCUAGUCACCUGUUUAUAGAAAAGAGUAUAUUAAAGGGCAUUAUUUCUAAAAUACCCUCUGAUAAGUGCCUAGGAAGAGUACCCAAAAACAUUCUUUCAAUUUAUGUACACUCGACUCAGAGUCUCUUAUUCAACCUUGCAGCAUCAGAAAGACUUGAUAAAUUCGGAUACAAGGUGGUAGCUGGUGAUUUGGUCGCAACUGGAGAGCAAGAACUAAGUGAGUCAAGCGAAAGUGAAGAAAAUGAGCCAAAUCUAAGUAAAAACAAGAGAAUACAGAUACUGGAAGUUGAAAAUGAAGAAGAAGCUAAGAGAUAUACAAUUGAACAAGUGGUUCUACCACUCCCGGGAGAUAAUGUGAAGUAUCCCAGAAACAUCGAAGAAUUCUACCGCAAAAUCGCCAUGGAAAACUUCAAUAUUUCUCUGGAUGACUUCUCUUCGUUCAAGGAUGUUGAAGGGAAAAAACAUAGAAGUCUGGUUUCAGUAAGAGGAUCAUAUAGAUUCCUUAUAGUUAAGCCGAAGGAUAUUUCAUACGAAGUUAUUGAGAAUCUUGAAGAUCCUUUCCAAGUUUUAAUAAAGCCGGAAAUAGAAGGUUAUAUGCAAUAUUUAGAGAAUUAUGAGACCCAGAAGAAUUCGGAAAAUAUUUUCAAAUUAGGAGAUCUAAUAAGGAACAAAUCAGCUCUCCUCUUAAGAUGCUCCCUUCCGAAAUCCUCCUAUAUCACGGUAGCUCUACGUGAAAUUAUAACAGACCAGUCAAUAGAAAAUAAUUAUAUUUAA